GGGCUCAACCUGGCGACUGGAGUUUAGUCCCCGCGCUACUGUUGGGCGAAGCUGUCUGUUCUCAGGGCUCCGGUGGCUACUGUCGUAUCUGGAUCUUGAUCGUGAUGGGGACAAAGGCGAAAGUCGGGACGAAACCGUUGCUUCUUUUCACAUCGAUGAUCCUGUGCUCACUGCCAUUGGGCAGGGGUGCAGUGCAAACUUCUGAACCAGUAGUCAAAGUUGCUGAGAAUAAACCUGCCAAGUUGUCCUGCUCCUACUCGGGCUUCUCCUCUCCCCGCGUGGAGUGGAAGUUUGCCCAUGGCGACAUCACCAGCCUCGUUUGCUAUAACAGCAAGAUCACAGCUUCCUAUGAGGACCGAGUUACUUUCUCGAAUAGUGGCAUCACCUUCCAUUCUGUGACCCGGAAGGACACGGGGAUGUACACUUGUAUGGUCUCUGAUGAAGGCGGCAACACCUAUGGGGAGGUCACGGUCCAGCUCAUUGUGCUUGUGCCUCCAUCCAAGCCUACAAUCAGUGUCCCCUCCUCUGCUACCAUCGGGAACCGAGCAGUGCUGACCUGUUCAGAGAAAGACGGUUCUCCACCUUCUGAAUACUUGUGGUUCAGGGAUGGGGUACUGAUGCCUACGGAACCCAAGAGCAGCCGCGCCUUCAGCAACUCUUCCUAUAGCCUGAACCAGAAGACAGGGGAGCUGAUCUUUGACCCCGUGUCGGCCUCUGAUGUUGGAGAUUACACUUGUGAGGCACAGAAUGGAUAUGGGUCACCCAUGAAGUCAGAUACUGUGCACAUGGAUGCUGCGGAGCUGAAUGUAGGGGGCAUCGUGGCAGCUGUCCUUGUAACACUCAUUCUCCUUGGAGUCUUGAUUUUUGGCAUCUGGUUCGCCUAUAGCCGAGGCUACUUUGACAGAGCAAAGAAAGGGACCUCGAGUAAGAAGGUGAUUUACAGCCAGCCCACUGCUCGAAGUGAAGUAAGUAUGCCUGCCCUGGGAUGGGGAGAGCCUCCCGGCUGGAGUGAGGGGUUUCCAGCGUGUGUUUGUAUUCAGGGGAUUAUUAUCUACAGAAGACUGUACUGUAGAGAAUUGACUUGAAUGUUUUAUUUUUCCAGGGGGAAUUCAGGCAGACCUCGUCAUUCUUGGUGUGACCCUGGUCCAGCUCACCUCCCGUCCUCUGUGCUUGCCUUCCUCAGGUGCUACCAGACUCUGGCCCCUGAUGUCUGUCGUUUCACAGGAUGCCUUAUUUGUCUUCUGGCCCCCACGGGGGCCGCCACUUUUAUCUUAGUUAGGAUGUGUUUUUUAAUAAUGUCAGCCAUGUGUGCCUUCCUCCUUCCUGCCUCCCUGCCUCCCUUCCUUUCCCACCACUGCUGAGUGGCCUGGAACUUGUUUAAAGCUCACUCCACCCCUCCCCCACCGCCCCCACCCCCACCCCCGCCCAUGAAGGAUCAGACGGAAGUCCUGGCUGACGCCUGCUGAUUUCCCCUCCAAACAGACUGCAGGAGUGGUGGAGCACUCACUGCCCACUGCACGCAGUGGUCCUCAGAUAGGCGUCUGGAGCCUGGUUCCUUGGCUCUUCCCUGCUGUACGGAGGACAGGUACCAGCUGGUCUAGAGCGGGGACUGGAUACCGGAGCAGCUGAGAUUGUAGUUUGGUGAUGACGUCGUCUCUUCUGCGUCUGCAGCCCAUUCUCUUCCCAUGGGCAGCGCCACUGGGAUCCUCCCGCACCAUCCUCUUCCUGAACACAAGCAGACCGACAGCAACUAUGUCUGUAGAGAAAACAAGAGCUUUUGUUGUGGAGAGCAUAGUAAGCUUUCAGGGCACAUGAAGCAGAAGAUAUUUUAAACCACUGAUCUACAGAAAAGAAAGCUGGAGCUGGUAGCUCAAGCCAUCACCCUUCCCUUGGCUGGAGCAACUGGACCCACCCUUUUAAGAUGUGUCUGGAGGGUUGUGGGAAUUUGUAUAGUCGUCAGCUCUGCUGAGUGUGUGUGUGUGUGUGUCCUCAACUCUAUGCUGAAAUCAAGUGUGUGUUGGAGGGCUUCUUAGCUCUUUGGUGAGAUUUUAUUUGUUGUGGGGAUGGGAGAGAUGAGAUACCUGGGUUCCUUCUUAGUACAAACAAGAAAAUCCUCAAAGCUCUGCUUCCUAGCAACCUGGGCUGGUCCCUGGCUCACUGUCCUACCCCUUCCUGGUUCCUGCCUUAGAAGAGGACAUUGGACCCUCAUUCCAGAGUCCUCCUGUGGCAUGAGGAGGACACCCCAGGUGAAGUGAUGCUGUGCUCUGGGUUCUACUUGGUCUGCUCCACCCAGUGAGACCAGACGCACCCACCCUCCCACCUCUGCCAACAAGAUGCAGAAUAGACUUCCCGGAGGCUACAGGAAAAGCUGUUCCAGAGCCUGAGGCAGGAUUUCUCAAGUCAUUUGGAGAAUCACUGUAGUAGUAGUUUAAAGUAGUACUGCUGCUUCAUUCAGGGGGUAGAUGUGAGUGAGAGCAGAAGUAGGCGGGCUAGGCCUGCCUGGCACUGCUUUCCUCAUCCUGUAUGGACCCUUCUUUGCCCUUACAUCUGUUUCUCCCUCUACCCAGCACCCCUAGUCUAUUUAUUAACUAGCAAGAGGGCAAAUAAGGGGUCUUCUAGGGUUGAUUUUGCUAAUUUCUGUGGAGAAUACUGAGCACCACUUUGCCAUAUUCUGUUCCCUUAUCUGACAGUCCCUCACAGAACUGAGUUUUCUUUUCAUCAAGAAGGAAAAACAAAAAACAAAUCAUAUUGUCAUGCACCAAUAAAAAAUAAGCUUUCCAGAUGGAAAUAAAAUCUAAUUAGGCAAUAAAAGUAGAGAUUGUGAAACGGUUCAGUAAGAAUGAGGAUUUUGAAGUGUGUUUCAGUUUUGUAUCAUGGUUGGGAGACAGGGUGGGAGGGAUGUGGAGAAAAGGCCACAGGGAAGCAGAGCUGAAUCAUUGCUCCUGUAAGUCUGAAGCAAAUGGUUCCUCACUCCCUGGGUCAUGACUUGUGAGGAGUAUGAGUCAGUUAUUACCAGCCUUGGAAUUUACCUCUCCAGCUUACAACAGCCCCUUUGAGUCGGAAAACACCUUGUCUGCUUUCAUUUUAGAAUGUUAAAACUAAUUUUUGUAAUAAAUGUUUAUUUUUCACAUUGA